UCGCUCUACCCAAAGAUGUCUUACGACCCUUCCUUCAUCAGUGCAAGGCCCGGAGAGGAUCCUGAGGGUGGCAGCUUCCUGGAGGAAAGCAGCGGCGGGGUUGACGACAGCAGUGCCCUGGGAGGGGACAGCCCAGUCACAGGGCCACUGGGCGCAGUGCUGCUGGCCGUGUGCCUCAUUGGGAUGGUGGGGAACAUCUACACGGUGGUGGUGGCCUCUGGCAGGGUGGAGGGCCACUCAGCAGGCUCCUUGGGGGUCUAUGUGAUCAACCUUGCCCUGGCUGACCUCCUGUACCUCUCCACCAUCCCUUUUGUGGUCUGCACCUAUUUUGCUCAUGACUGGUUCUUUGGGGACGUGGGCUGCAGGCUUUUGCUCAGCCUGGACCUCCUGACCAUGCACGCCAGCAUCUUCCUCCUGACUGCCAUGAGCCUGGAGAGGUACUGGGCGGUGGCCAAGCCGCUGCGGGCCAGGCAGGCUGGCAACGCUUACCGCAAGCUGGCCAGCGCUGUCCUCUGGCUCCUCGCCCUCCUGCUCACGGCUCCCAUGAUGGCAAUGACCCAGCUGCGGGAGGGGGGUGGCCCCCACAAGCGCAUCUGCAUCCCAACCUGGACGCCGGCAGCUUUCCGGCUCUACCUGACGGUGCUCUUCACCACCAGCAUCCUGGCACCCGGCACGGUGCUGGGCAUCGUCUACACCCGCCUGGCUCAGGCGUACCGGUCCUCCACCCGGGGCCCGGGGCUGCCGGUGGCCGGCCGGGUCCCUGCCCGGCGGCUCUUUUCCAGGAUCUCCGUCAUCUUGGUGGCUUACUGGGCCUGCUUCCUCCCCUUCUGGGCCUGGCAGCUGGCUGGGCUGUACUGGGGCGAGGGGCUGGGCAUCAGCCCCACCGCCCAGGCAUACCUCAACUUCGGCGUCACCUGCCUGGCCUAUGGUAACAGCUGCGUCAACCCCUUCCUCUACACCCUGCUCGCCAGCAGCUACCGCCGGCACCCCGGCCGCAGCGGGAUGGGCAUGGCACGGCCUCCAGCAACCUCCCGGGAGACCACGGGGGGCCCGGUGGGAGGCCACGGCAUCCCCCCGCCUUUCGGGGAGUUGUCAGGGUCUGCGGGGGAAAGUGAGGGGUGA